UUCCAGUUACAUGUACUUAGGUGUAUGAGUGAUGGGGAGAAGAGUAUCCUUCAGGCUAACAUCAAUCGUGAUUCAGUGGAGGAUAAAGCAAAGGACCUUUCUAGCUGGACCAAAUCAUUCUUGAAAAAACAUGAAUAUAAGAGAGAACUUGAAAAACAUCACAUAUGGAGAGUGGUAUCAUUUCUUUCUAUGUUGAGGCACUGGUUUUUAAUUUUGUUGACAGUUUUUCUGAACGUUUUUGUACUUGGAAUAUUUCAGAUACCGUCAUACAGCUGUGAAUUUGAUCCCAAUGUCACAGUCAGUGGUUUAUUGCUGAUACCUCGUCCAUGGAACUGUUGGUCUGCAUAUCAAUACGUCAUUCUUUAUUUCUUUGGAGUGAUCCACUUUGUUCUUAGUUUUUGGAUGGUCGUUGAAUACUUUGUCUGUGAGAAACCUAACUUCCUUUAUGAAGUACCUCUCUUUAAAGCUGUUGUGAAUGGAAUUAAGAACUGCAUUAGGAAUGACAUACCUUUAUUGUCCAAGAAGUUCAAGUGGAUUGAUACUAUUAAGGAAUCUGAAGACAGCGAAUGUUUUGAUAUUUAUUUAUUCAGUUUUUCCCCGAUAUACAGAGUGCUGUUUCUACUCUUUUCAUUAUUAAGUAUUGGAACUUUUGGGUACUUUUACUGUCUCUGUCUCCCUUACAUCUUCCUAAAUAUUGAUGUGAUGCAGGAUAUUGUGAAAGCUAUUAGCAGACGUAGUAAACAGCUAUUCCUAAUGGCCUGCUUCAUUCUUUCUCUCCUACUGAUAUAUGCUGUUCUUUCGUUUGCUAUAAUGUCCAGUUUCUUUAAUCCAGGAGAGAACAACCAGUUCUGCACUACACUCUGGGAGUGUUAUAUCACUGUUAUCAGGGAAGGACUGCUUGAUGGCUUUGGAGCUAUUUCAGUUACUCAUGUUGGACAAAAUGGAGCCAAUUUUAAUAUUUAUUUAUGGAGGGCAGUGUUUGAUCUGAUAUUCUUUGUUGUCAUUUCAACCAUUUCCCUUGAAGUCAUAACUGCUAUUCUUGUGGACACAUUCUCUGAACUUAGACAAGAAAAGGACACUGCUGAAAAGGAUCAGAAAAGUGUUUGCUUUGUCUGUGGCAUUGACAAUGAUGACUUUGAGAGGAGAGGAAAGGGUUUUGCUAAACACUACCAUUGUGAUCAUAAUAUCUACAGUUACAUGUACUUUAUACUCCACAUCAAGUCAAUGUCUCCUCAUGAUCACAAUGCCAUUGAGAAGUACGUCAGUGACAAGUUUGAGAAUGAUGACAUAGACUUUUAUCCGUUGCAUAAGGCAAAGGUGUUGGGCGGUCUUGUAUUGAAAAAGAAAGACAUGAAAGGAAUGAUCGAUGAGAUGUUGAUGAACACCUAACAGUCUAUAGCUGAUGAACACCUAAUAGUCAUAUACUAGCUGCUGCUGCUGCUGAAUCUUUUAGAGUAGCUUUUUAUAAAAAUACAUAUUACUAUUAUUAUUACUAAUGCUUCAGUAGUGAUUUAGUUAUUAUAGUUAUAAUCAAUGUGUCUUUGAGUUUUUUGUUAUUUUUUAGUCGAUGGUUCCAUUGGUUCCACUGCUGCUGGGCUAUCAACUAA